CCUCUUCCGCUACCUUCUCGUCCUCUUCCUCCUCUUCCUCUUCCUCCUCUUCCUCCUCCACCUCCUCCUCCUCAUGCACCCUGCCUGCCUUAGGCCUCUGACACGCAUGGCAGCCAGUACUCAUUAUUGGCACAGCUCAUUUUCAUAGUCAAUUAAAUCCUGACUUAUUGCACUUCGAUGCCUCUCUCCCAUCUGACAAUGAUAAAUCAGUGAAGGUUCGUGGCUCUAUACACAUCGAUUAUUGACUACAGGCUGCACUCUGAGCAAUGAGCACUCGACCAAAUAUAGUUUUUCUGUACUGCCAUCCAGACACAUACUGUUUAAUGUAUACACACUGCUGAGCCAAACCAAGCCAAUAAUAGUAAUAAUAAUAAGCUGAGCUGUACUGGGCAGGCCUGGUUACACAUCCAUCAUAGUUGCUGGAACAGGGCUGGAAAGGAGAAUGUGAAAAGGAACUAUCCGAGCCAGCACUGUAUGUCUGAUUGGCCCUAUAGUGUAAAUCAAUUAUCUAUAAAAAGAUAUUCCCCAGCCAGCUCAUUCCGGUUCAGGUCGGCCUUAUAGUGUAAAUCAGGCAUUCCAGUUCUCUAUAAAGCUGGUGCUGGUUUACAGUAGCCUCUCUCUGUGGAAUGACCGAUUCUACACAAGGCUGCUCUUACACUGAUUGUUGACACGGUGCUACUGGAAUAAACAGACUAAUCAGCCCAAUAGCAAGGCCCUGUUAUUCUGCUACAGACAGCACUUAUGAAAUAACUACAAGUGCUUAUCGAUCGUGGCCUGUAUCAAACGUCUCUCCCUGUUAACCAGUCUGUCUCAAUUGCGGACGGUGUGGUGGCUUAAAAGGUACUCCAAUCACUUUACUGUAACAGUUGAGGUGCUUAACUGUCACUUUAGUUUCAGCUCUGCCCAAAUGGAUUAUGGGUAAACUAUAGGCUUUGAAUUUGAUACAGUAUGGAUUGACAAGCCACAGUCGGUGUUGGUUGAUGACAGUUAUUAAAGGAUGUUUAAUUUGUCGGUCUAAUGUUCAAAAGGUAAUGGAUAACUAUUUGAUUAAUCAUAGCUCAAUCGUGCAAUUAUUAUAAUUAUUAUUCAUCUGUACUUCGAUCCCUGUAGUCUAAUAAAGAAAUCCCCAACCACCUAUCUGGUCUGCUGCUCCUAGUUGAAUGUACUAGACUAGAGAGAAUGAGCAGCAAUGUUUCUCUAUAUUUACUUGGAUUUGGCAUGGGAAUUACUCUGCUUCUGUAAUGAGUUUAGCUUUGAUUUAUUUUAAAAGAGCCACGAGUUAGAGAUACAAUUUUAUUUCCCCUUAGUGAACACUCUGCUUUGCUGUGAAUUAACCAAGAUUUAUAUAACGCUUAGUAUUAGUAAAAUAUAUUAAUUUAGUGUAUUAGAAUGUCCUCAACUGUCAAGUAAUCAGAUUAUAGUCUGCAGCCGGUUUAUUCAUGUAGUUUGGGGUCUAGAAUUUCAAAAAAAAAUGUUUUCAUUUUGGUCACAUCAAAGAUUGGCCGGGGGUAAAUAGAUAGAUGGAAUAUGAUUAUCUCUCUGAAUAAGCUUCAACAAGCAAAAUGGAAAACUGUCCCUUUUUCCAAUUCUGUUAUGAGACGGUUUAAGUUGAUAAGUUGCAUAGUUAUUCAGGACAUUAUGCAGACAUCAUGAUUUGAUGACUCAAUUCCCGGAGCCCAGUAGUUUUGACCGGUGAUUAUCUUCAUCGUUCACAGUAACCAUGUUUCCAUCCACAGUUUUUAUGCAAGUAAAGUCAAACCGUAUUUAAAAAAUCACGACAGUUGUGAUGGAAACAGGAAGUUUCGGUACAAUUUGAUAAAUGCAGACAGAUAAUUUGUCUGUUCGACAUGGCGGACUCUUUUUGUGUCUGUAAAAUGUAUUAUGCGAGAAAUGGCGGUGGAAACGCCUUUAUGCGCAAAUAUAAAUAUAAUAACCAUCAUAUCGAAGCAAACUUGGAGUCACGUGAUUAUAUGGUGUGUGGUCCUCCUACUACGACUCGGGAAAGCAUGCAGUUUAUAAAGCUACAAAUGCUUCAUGCUCCUUUCCAAUAAAUAUUGAGGGUCUUAUUCUGGUGACAUUAUGAUCGAUGCUUGACUGCCGUUUGACAAAUACAAAUAUUCUUGCUCUUAUCCAUAAUAAUCUCACCAAGUAAACUAGCCUAGAACCCUUUCUACAGAGGGUUCUACAUGAAACCCAAAAGGGUUCUCCCAUGGGAACAGCCGAAGAACCCUUUUGGAACCCUUUUUUCUAAGAGUGUAUCAGUGUGAAAUGUAGUCUCUCAUGGGGACACAGAAAGUAGCUAUCAGUGUCAUUGACUAUUCAUAGCUUUCACUUAAAUUGCCAAUACACACAGACACACGCACACAUAUUCUCCAACUUCACAGUCACACACACACAACCCCCUCACCCCCUAACACCCACCCAUUCCAAAGGAAUCUUAUUAAUCAGCUAGCACAUUGAACAGGAGUCACAUGGUAAGUGGCUCUCGCUACUUAAUUAGUUUUAUUCUAGCGUCCAGUAUCGUCUGGAGCCAAAGCUCCUGCUCUUUACUAAGUGGCUCUCCCGAGUGGCGCAGCGGUCUAAGGCACUGCAUCACAGUGCUAGAGGUGUCACUACAGACCCUGGUUUGAUUCCUGGCUGUAUCACAAUCCGGCCGUGAUUGGGAGUCCCACAAUUGGCCCAGAGUCGUUUGGCUGGGGUAGGUCGUCAUUGUAAAUAAGAAUUUGUUUUUAACUGACUUGCCUAGUUAAAUAAAGGUUAAAUUAAAAAUCAAAAUUAAAAUAUUACACAAAGCUGGCUUCCUCUCCUCUGUCUACUAUGUCAACUGGGCUGUAUUCAUUAGUGCACACAGUAGCAAACCAUAUCAAGAGUUUCUUAUUGGACAAAUAAAGGUCCCUCCCCGUUUCGUCCUUUUGGCUUCCGUUUGUUUCCCAGUGAAUACAUCCCUGUUCAUGCCUGGGAGAAGAAGAAGUAGAACUAUCUAUCAGACUUGGGUUCAAAUACUAUUUGAAAUCUUUCACAUACAUUGAGUGUUUGCUUUAGCCUGUCUGGAGAGCCAGGUGGGCGGGGUUUGUAUUUUUGAGAUGUCGGUGCCUGGUUGUGCCAGGGAUAGGGAUUGGUACAAAUAGCCCACUGUGUUAUUCCUGAUAAUUAAUGCACAGUGAAACAGUUCCCACAAUCAAUGAAUGUUAAUGGUGCUUCAGCCUGUCUAUAUAUACGGGAAGAGAGAGGGAGAGACUAGAGCCAGGCGGUGAUUCCCUAUAUAGUGAUUCCCUACAUACAGUUGGCGCUACUUUUGAUCAGAGCCCUAUGGGGAAUAGGGUACCAUUUGAAGCGCAGACCAGUUGAGGAAUGCUCUAGCUAGCUCCAUUAUUUUAUAGGAUUAGCCUACCCAUUGUAUUUUUAGCAGCAUGCUACACUUUCAAUGUAUUUGGUGCGUGAUAGAUGACCUUAAUAUAUUACUCAGUAGUUUGUUAUGAUGAAUGAUCAGUGACUGAUUUUGAUUUGUGUUGGCAUGACACUGCAAGGUAGCUGGGUUUUUUUAUUUUAAUUUUAUUUCACCUUUAUUUAACCAGGUAAGCCAGUUGAGAACAAGUUCUCAUUUACAACUGCAACCUGGCCAAGAUAAAGCAAAGCAGUGCGAUAAAAACAACAACACAGAGUUACAUAUGGGGUAAAACAAAACAUAAAGUCAAAAAAUACAACAGAAAAUAUAUAUACAGUGUGUGCAAAUGUAGCAAGUUAUGGAGGUAAGGCAAUGAAUAGGCUAUAGGGCAAAAUAAUUACAAUUAGUAUUAACACUGGAAUGAUAGAUGUGCAAGAGACUAUGUGCAAAUAGAGAUACUGCGGUGCAAAUGAGCAAAAUAAAUAACAAUAUAGGGAUGAGGUAGUUGGGUGGGCUAAUUUCAGAUGGGCUGUGUACAGGUGCAGUGAUCGGUAAGGUGCUCUGACAACUGAUGCUUAAAGUUAGUGAGGGAGAUAAGAGUCUCCAGCAAUUCGUUCCAGUCAUUGGCAGCAGAGAACUGGAAGGAAUGGCGGCCAAAGGAGGUGUUGGCUUUGGGGAAGACCAGUGAGAUAUACCUGCUUGAGCGCAUACAACGGGUGGGUGUUGCUAUGGUGACCAAUUAGCUAAGAUAAGGCGGGGAUUUGCCUAGCAGUGAUUUAUAGAUGGCCUGGAGCCAGUGGGUUUGACGACGAACAUGUAAUGAGGACCAGCCAACAAGAGCGUACAGGUCACAGUGGUGGGUAGUGUAUGGGGCUUUGGAGACAAAACGGAUGGCACUGUGAUAGACUACAUCCAAUUUGCUGAGUAGAGUGUUGGAGGCUAUUUUGUAAAUGACAUCGCCGAAGUCAAGGAUCGGUAGGAUAGUGAGUUUUACGAGGGCAUGUUUGGCAGCAUGAGUGAAGGAGGCUUUGUUGCGAAAUAGGAAGCCGAUUCUGGAUUUAACUUUGGAUUGGAGAUUCUUAAUUUGAGUCUGGAAGGAGAGUUUACAGUCUAACCAGACACCUAGGUAUUUGUAGUUGUCCACAUACUCUAGGUCAGAUCCGUCGAGAGUAGUGAUUCUAGUCGGGUGGGCGGGUGCCAGCAGCGUUCGAUUGAAGAGCAUGCAUUUAGUUUUACUAGUGUUUAAGAGCAGUUGGAGGCUACUGAAGGAGUGUUGUAUGGCAUUGAAGCUCGUUUGGAGGUUUGUUAACACAGUGUCCAAUGAAGGGCCAGAUGUAUACAAAAUGAUGUCGUCUGUGUAGAGGUGGAUCUGAGAGUCACCAGCAGCAAGAGCGACAUCAUUGAUAUACACGGAGAAAAGAGUCGGCCCAAGAAUUGAACCCUGUGGCACCACCAUAGAAACUGCCAUAGGUCCAGACAACAGGCCCUCCGAUUUGACACAUUGAACUCUAUCUGAGAAGUAGUUGGUGAACCAGGCGAGGCAGUCAUUUGAAAAACCAAGGCUAUUUAGUCUGACAAUAAGAAUGCGGUGGUUGACAGAGUCGAAAGCCUUGGCCAGGUCGAUGAAGACGGCUGCACAGUACUGUCUAUUAUCGAUUGCGGUUAUAAUAUCGUUUAGGACCUUGAGCGUGGCUGAAGUGCACCCAUGACCAGCUUGGAAACCGGAUUGCAUAGCGGAGAAGGUACGGUGGGAUUCGAAAUGGUCGGUGAUCUGUUUGUUAACUUGGCUUUCAAAAACUUUCGAAGGGCAGGGCAGGAUGGAUAUACGUCUGUAACAGUUUGGAUCUAGAGUGUCACCCCCUUUGAAGAGGGGGAUGACCGCGGCAGCUUUCCAAUCUCUGGGGAUCUCAGACGUAAUAGGGGUUGCGACAAUUUCGGCGGCUAGUUUUAGAGAGAAAGGGUCCAGAUUGUCUAGCCCAGCUGAUUUGUAGGGGUCCAGAUUGUGCAGCUCUUUCAGAACAUCAGCUGUCUGAAUUUGUGUGAAGGAGAAGCGGGGGGGGCAUGGGCAAGUUGCAGCGGAGGGUGCAGAGCUGGUGGCCGGGGUAGUGGUAGCCAGGUGGAACGCAUGGCCAGCCAUAGCAAAAUGCUUGUUGAAAUUCUCGAUUAUUGUAGAUUUAUCGGUGGUGAUAGUGUUUCCUAGCCUCAGUGCAGUGGGUGUGGUCUGGCUCUGCAGUCCUGAAAGAUGUUGGCUGUAAGAUUCAAUGGUAAUACGGUAAUAUUUCCCCUUGCCUUGAUAAUAUUUCCCCUUACCUUAUUUAUUCCCGUCAUUAGCAGCGAUUCUUCAGAUUGUGUGUGUGUGUCUGUGUGUGUGUCUGUGUGUGUGUGUGUGUGUGUGUGUGUGUGUGUGUGUGUGUGUGUGUGUGUGUGUGUGUGUGUGUGUGUGUGUGUGUGUGUGUGUGUGUGUGUGUGUGUGUGUGUGUGUGUGUGUGUGUGUGUGUGUGUGAGUGAGUGUGUGUGGGGUGAUGUGCUUUACAUUACUGUUGAGUUUAGCAGAUACUCACGCUCAAACCAUCAAAAGGAAUAACCAAUAAUUAUUCAUUUAAUUCCAUGUUUGAUAGUGCCAGUGCAGUAAGUGCUUAGCAAAAAAAGAACAUUACUACUGUUACAUUACUGUUGAAAUGUUCCUUACACCUUUUUUUCUUCCUUCUUCUUCUUCCUUCUUCCUCCUUCUUCCUCUUUCUUCCUCCUUCUUCCUCCUUCUUCCUCCUUCUUCCUGCUUCUUCCUCCUCCUUCAUGCUUCUUCCUCCUUCCUCCUCCUUCUUCCUUCUCCUCCUUCUUCCUGCUUCUUCCUCCUUCUUCCUGCUUCUUCCUCCUUCUUCCUCCUUCUUCCUCCUUCUUCCUCCUUCUUCUUCCUCCUUCUUCCUCCUCCUUCCUCUUCUAGCGUACCAACUGAGGAUCUGCCAAGCGCCCCCUGAGGUCGCCAACGCUGAUAUCCUCAUGGAGGACGGGGAGCUUGAAAUAGGUAACGCGUCCAAUAUUAUCCCUUUUUCGAAUGGAUCGUUUUGGGAGAGAUUGGACGUCCUCACCACUCUUCAUACUUAGGACCAGGAGGUUUUCCUAACCACCUGACCUGACCAGGAACAACUCUGGUGUUGUUAGUUAUAACUAUGACCUGGAGUUUUUCCUGGUGGUCCUCUGUAGCUCAAUUGGUAGAGCAUGGCGCUUGUAACGUCAGGGUAGUGGGUUCGAUCCCCGGGACCACCCAUACGUAAAAAUGUAUGCACACAUGUCUGUAAGUCGCUUUGGAUAAAAGCGUCUGCUAAAUGGCAUAUUAUUAUUAUAGAUCACGUUGUCAAGAAUACUCCUGGGCCUGUAUUCAUAAAGUGUCUCAGAGUGUCUCGAUUCAAUCUGUGUCGCUGAAGCGUGUGAUCGAAAUGUAAAUUCAAAGAUUUAGCCGACGUAUGCAGCUUUUAAUGUAGAUGCAGUCUCCGCUAACACGCAACAUUACAUUUAAAUUUCAAUCACGCUGUAACAUUGAACUUCAGUGAUGCAGAUUGAAUCGAGCCCCUAAUCGAGGAUCAGUUUAGCAUUUUAGCUCAUAAUGAAUAAAGAUCAUAUGGACGGGGGGGGAUCUGAUCCUAGAUCAGCUACUCCUACUCUGAGAUGCUUUGUGAGUAUGGCCUUGCUUCAUCCGCUGAAACUAGGAAACUGAAACCCUUACACCAGUGCCAUGUCUCUGUGUUUCACAACAUCCCCCAUGUCAGUCUCACCUCUGGUACAGUAAACAUGCUGAUGUAGAAUGUUCGCAGAGAAUAUUGAUCAUGGCUUAGAGAAGAGAGGGCAAGCCUCCUCCUGUAUGUGUGACCCCCACUAAUACCAUGGAUGGACUCACACACGCACACACACGCACGCACCCACACACACACACACACACACACACAGACACACACACUCACAGACACCGUGCCAGGACACACACAUGCAUGCACGCACGCGGACGCACACACCCUGCUAGACACACAGGGUUAUUUCUGCUGUGCCGUGGUAUCAAUGGUGAGUUAGCAACUAGCUCUGUGAUUGGUGGGUAUCAAUGAGUGAGUUAGCAACUAGCUCUGUGAUUGGUGGGUAUCAAUGAGUGAGUUAGCAACUAGCUCUGUGAUUGGUGGGUAUCAAUGAGUGAGUUAGCAACUAGAUCUGUGACUGGUGGGUGUGAAAGUGGGUGAUCACAGUGGCUGAGAUGGAUUCACCUUGCCCGUUAACAUGGCCCAAAGGCUGUCGUGUGUGUGUGUGUGUGCUGUAGUAGCCCUGUAUGGAAUACUAAGACCACUAUCAUCCAUCAUCAUCUGUAACAUGGCCCUCUGCUACUUUUUAAAGAUAUCAGAUGGCUUCUAAAAAGACUAGAAUGUUACAGUAGAUGAUGGUGAUGAUGGUGAUGAUGAUGAUCUUCAACACCAUUUAUUCUUGGUUAUCUGUGUUCCAUUGCACUAACAUUAAUACUACUGCAAUACUUAUGCUUCAGGGACCAUGGUUUAUUUUGCAUUAUAAACUGGGUGGUUCGAGCCCUGAAUGCUGAUUGUCUGAAAGCCGUGGUAUACCACGGGUAUGACAAAACAUUUAUUUUUACUACUCUAAUUACGUUGGUAACCAGUUUAUAAUAGCAAUAAGGCACCUCGGGGGUUCGUGUUAUAUGGCCAAUAUACCACAGCUAAGGGCUGUAUCCAGGCAUUCCGCGUUACGUCGUCCCUAAGAACAUCCCUUAGCCGUGGUAUAUUGACCAUAUACCACACCUCCUCAGGCCUUAUUGCUUAAUUAUAAACUGGGUGGUUCGACCCCUGAAUGCUGAUUGGCUGAAAGCCGUAUACCACAGGUAUGACAAAACAUUACUUUUUACUGUUCUAAUUACGUUUGUAACCAGUUUAUAAAGCAAUAAGGCACCUCAGGGGUUUGUGGUAUAUGGCCAAUAUACCACAGCUAUGGGCUGUAUCCAGGCACUCCUCAUUGCGUCGUGCUAAGAACAGCCCUUAGCCGUGGUAUAUUGGCCAUAUACCACACCCCCCCGUGCCUUAUUGCUUAAUUAUAAAGUGUCCUACCCAGGCUAGAACUCACUCAUCAACAGUGUUCAACCUAGGAUGUUUGAUAAUAUCACCCCAUCCGUCUCAGGCAUCUGCUGUCCUUCUUAAUUAAACAACUGCUUCAUCUGAGUGCAUCUACACUCUUCGGAAAAAGGUUGCCAAAACGGUUCUUCGGUUGUCCCCAUAGGAUUACAAUUUUUGAUUCCAUGGAACUCAAAAGAGUUCUACCUGGAACCAAAAGGGUUUUACCUGAAACCAAAAAGGGUUCUUCAAAGGGUUCUCCUAUGGGGACAGCCGAAGAACCCUUUUAGGUUCUAGAUAGCUAGAAGUCUCCUCUUCUUUUUCCAAACUCCUCCUUACAGGGAACAUCAUCCGGUACCGCUGCCAUCCUGGCUUCACCCUGGUCGGGAGUGAGAUCCUGACAUGCAGGCUGGGGGAGAGACUUCAGAUGGAUGGGCCUUCUCCCACAUGUCAAGGUAUGUGUGUGUGAGCGUGUGCAUGCGUGUGUGCUUUCAUUCCUGCGCGUAUGUGUGCGAGUGCGUGCAUGCCUGCGAGUGUGUGUUCGUGUGUGUGUGCAUGUGUGCACUCUUGCAUGUGUGUGUGGCAGCUGUAAUUAAAAUGGUUUAGUCAUUAGAUGUUGUGCUGCUGUGAUGCGUUCUGCCCAGCUCUGUCACAGCCCCUCGUGUUUCCUGUCUUCUGUUCCAGUUAUGUUUCGGUGUCGUCCCUCUCACUUUGUUUAGUGGCCUAAACAGCUGUUGUCAUUAAUCUUUUAUGGUGCCAUAUUUCUCUCCGGGAUUCCAUUGGUGGGACUCACUUUGUCAGGAUUUGUCCUGAUAAUCUACCUGAAAAAUAUGUUAAACCUGGAAAAUUGAUGCGUCAUGGCAUCAUUCACAGCUUGCGUCCCAAAUGGCACCCUAUUCCCUACAUAGUGCAUUACUUUUGACCAGGGCUCUAGUCAAAAGUAGUGCACUAUGUAGGAAAUAGGGUGCCAUUUGGAAGGCAGUCACAGUAUUUUGCAACCGGAACUGGAACUCGAUCAAAAUCAACUCCCAGGCAUGUGUUAAAAAUAGAAUGAAGUAGAGCUGAAAGUUUUCACAUAACUUUGACAUUAAUAUACAGAAAUAUAUUGUCUGUGGAACAAAUAAGGAGAACCAGUAAAGUAAGGGGUGGUUUUUUUCUUGGCAUAAUGUAACCUCUCCUUUUAUUGUUUUGCUUCCUGGCCGAAUGUGUUUAAUUAGUUUAGUGAGUACUGUCUCUUGGGUAACCACUGAAUAAAUUACAUGUACCGAAAGUUACCGAACGCACCGCUAACAUACAUUUUGUCUGCUGUUAUGUGCCCAUCCAGUGCAAUGCCCGGCACACGAUGUGAGGUUUGACUCUACUGGUGUAAUCCUGAGUCCAGGCUACCCUGACAGCUACCCCAACCUGCAGAUGUGUAUCUGGACCAUCAAUGUAGAGAAGGGCUACAACAUCACCCUGUACUUCGAGUCCUUCCAGACCGAGAGGGAGUUCGACAUCCUAGAAGUCUUUGAUGGUGGCUACAGCAGCAUUACACUAGCCUGGUCCCAGAACUCAUUACAGCACGAACAGAUCUGGGACCAGGCUAGCAUUGCACACUGUGAUGUUUUUAAACCACUUCUGCUUUUUGCUCAGAUUUGCAUUGUAUUGAAACUGUCUACUUGAGCUGCAGUGGCAUUGUAAAUGUAAUCAUCAGUGAAUUGACUUUGGAGAAAUUGGGAAUGAAACGGCUGGAAGUGUCAGUAUUGAAUGCAAGGCCUACAGAACUUUGUAUGACCUCCCUUUGAAUGAAUGCAACAACAUUAAUGUGAAGCAACCACAACACCACUGAACAGAUUUAGAUUAAUACUGAAAUGUCUAAAAAGCCUUUGUGAUGAACAAUGUUCAGCCCCUCUUCUCACAGCUAAAGAUUAAAUAUGCUAAAAUUUGAAUAGUUCACCUAAUUUCAGUUUAUGUGACAAAACAAGCAAGUAUAGUGUGGAGAACCAUUGUACCAUCUAAAGCGCUGUGUAAUAUAUUUUUUAUAACCAAACAUAUUGUGUUUUCAGCUGUUUGAAGCUGGUGUACAAAACUGAAAGUAAAAGAAGCAAGAACUAAGCUUAAGAACGGGAAGCAUAGAAAUAGUGCACAUAGAACAGAUCUACCACUUCUUAGACUUGCUUUCAAUGAGAAUGACAGAUUUAUAACACACAUUUAUGUGAAUUUAGUCAGGUCGCCCAAAAAAGUUACAUAGUGCAGCUUUAAUACAAUGUUCUGGGUCAUUACUGUAGCUAUAAUUCUUUCAUAGCCUUGUAAAUACAUGCACCAUUCUCACAUAAUCUGCCUUAUUGUUAGCGUCCUCUCUUUCCUCCCUCUCUCUCUCUCUCUCCCCCCUCUCUCUCUCUCUCUCUCUCUCUCUCCCCCUCUCUCUCUCUCUCUCCUCUCUCUCUCUCUCUCUCUCUCUCUCUCUCUCUCUCUCUCUCUCUCUCUCUCUCUCUCUCUCUCUCUCUCUCUCUCUCUCUCUCUCCUCUCUCUCUCUCUCUCUCUCUACAGGCCCAAGUACUAACAGUCAGACUCUGGCCACCUUCAGCGGUGACGUCCCUGCGCCCUUCAAUAUCACUACGACCGGCCACCAGCUCACACUGCGCUGGUCCUCCGACCACGGCACCAACAAGAAGGGCUUCCGGAUCCGCUAUGUUGGUGAGUAUCAAAGUAUGUAUCCAUUUAAAUCACUCUUAUUCACUUGCACGUUUGUGUCUUUUAAGAGUGAGAAAUGCGGAGUGUGUGUGUGUGUGUGUGCGUGUGUGUAUGUGUGUGUAUGUGUGUGUGCGUGUGUGUGUGUGUGUGUGUGUGUGUGCGUGUGUGUAUGCGUGUGUAUGUGUGUGUGUAUGUGUGUGUGUGUAUGUGUGUGUGUGUGUGUGGGAGAAUAAUAACAAAGUAGCUACUCUAAAAACUUGCAUGUGGGAUAUUGUGGUUGUACUCAAUAUUUUUGUAUUCAAUAUUUGUCUGUCUUUCCAUGAGGUAUUGAAAAAUAAACAAUUUACAGUAUUGAUGCAUUUAAAUACACUGUCAGGGUGGUCAGCCCAUUGCUGAGGUUCAGAGACCAGCACAGUAAAUAGAUUGUGCUCUAAGCUAUGCGCUCAUUCUCUGACUGGCUAAAACCAUGGGCCUAGUGUUGCUUCCCCAUGUCUUGGUGCUACUACAGAUGUCAGUGGAGAUGUCAGUCGGGGCCUGGGGACCCUAAACAACCACAGAGCUGGGUCACACUUUGCUGACUCACCAGAGCAGGCAGGCGGGCCGGGGACAGAAAGUGCCUGACCAGGUCAAGUGUUGGUCAGAGCUGUGACAGCCAGUCUGUCCCUACUGGCCCUGAGUGAGACACAGCUUUGUCUCAGACUACACAGCUUUUUCCAAAUGUGACAACAGACACUACGCUAAGACCCCCAAGGCACAAAACACCUAUGGUCUCCCCAGACUGCGAUGCCGAUGGCGAUAACACCAUGUGAAAAGCUAAAGGAGUAGUAGUAAGACAGCACACUGCAGUAUUAGGACUAGACUGCAGUAUUAGGACUAGACUGCAGUAUUAGGACUAGACUGCAGUAAUAGGACUAGACUGCAGUAUUAGAACCAUACUGCAGUAUUAGGACUAGACUGCAGUAUUAGGACUAGACUGCAGUAUUAGGACCAUAAUGCAGUAUUAGGACCAGACUGCAGUAUUAGGACCAGACUACAGUAUUAGGACUAGACUCCAGUAUUAGGACUAGACUGCAGUUUUAGGACCAGACUACAGUAUCAGGACUAGACUGCAGUAUUAGGACUAGACUGCAGUAUUAGGACCAGACUGCAGUAUUAGGACUAGACUGCAGUAUUAGGACUAGACUGCAGUAUUAGGACUAGACUGCAGUAUUAGGACUAGACUACAGUAUUAGGACUAUACUGCAGUAUUAGGACUAGACUGCAGUAUUAGGACUAGACUGCAGUAUUAGGACUAGACUGCAGUAUUAGGACCAGACUACAGUAUUAGGACUAGAGUGCAGUAUUAGGACCAGACUACAGUAUUAGGACAAUAAUGCAGUAUUAGGACUAGACUGCAGUAUUAGGACUAUAGCUUGUGAGGAACAACAAGACUAAGUCUAGGGAAGUCCGAACAAGCCCAGGGUAGGGACGUGGCUGCAAGGCCAUACCAAUGAUUCUUAUAGAGGUUUUCUAUGUAGCCAUGCUGUAUGUUUUGUGAUAGAGUAGCCAUAGCAACAUCCCUUUUCAUCCCAACUUCCAUUAUCUAAAUCUAUUCAUCUCUUCAGGAAGAUACCUAAACUGAUUUUCUACAGAAAGGCAAUCUCAAUUUUUAUCAGAGAAACAGAUUGAAAAUCACAAUCAUUAUUUGCUUUUUGGUGUUAGCGAAGCAUCAAUAGUUUGGUCUAGCCUAACACUCUGUAUUUAUUUUGUUUUCACAUUAGAAUAUGUUGUUCUUGAGCUGCCUCAUCGUGUUUGUUCUGCUGUGUAUAACCCAGUUACAUUUCUGAGACUUUUUCCAAAUAAUAACGGCUGUUGUGCAAAUGACUCCCUGCCUCAGAGAUUGCUGGUAUCUCAUAACAUGGAGUCAUGCAGCUGAGGGAACUAGUAAUUCGGCACUCAGUAUGUGCGUCAGGAGAUUUGCUGGGGGAUAACUUCCUCGCUUGUUUAAGUAUGCAAGAUAUUUGUAGUAAAUCUGCUUUGAAGUGUUGUGAUCGAGCUAGAGUUUAGCAUCUCUCUCUCUCUCUUCCUCUCCCUUUUCCUCUCCCUCUUCCUCACAAAAUCUCAGUCUUUCUAUUCUGCAUCCUCUCCUCCAUAACUCUCUGUCUCAGAUCCCAUUUCUUUCUUCUUUAGCUCCCUCGCUAUCUCUCUCUGUCUUUCUGUCUCUCUCUCUCUCUCUCUCUCUCUCUCUCUCUCUCUCUCUCUCUCUCUCUCUCUCUCUCUCUCUCUCUCUCUCUCUCUCUCUCUCUCUCUCUCUCUCUCUCUCUCUCUCUCUCUCUUCCUCUCUCACUCUCUCUCACUGUCUUUCUCUCUCUCUGUAAGCAUGCUUUUCCUCUUCUAUAAUCUUCCUCAGUGAGAUAAUAUAACAGAGUUGCUUUCUGCUCUGCAUUCAAUAUGUUUACAUUUCCAUACUACAUACUAGGCAGGUAGCCUAGCGGUUAGAGCAUGGGGCCAAUAACUGCAAGGUUUCGGGUUCAAAUACCUGAGCUGACAAGGUGAAAAAUCUGUCUGUGCCCCUGAGCAAGGUACUUAGCCCAAAUUUGCUCCAGGAGCACCGUACUACUAUGGCUGACCCUGUAAAACAUCACAUUUCACUGCAGCUAUCUGGUGUAUGUGACAAUAAAAAAGUGUUUUUGGUGCUACCCCCUUACCAUUGUUCACACACAAUCAGACAAGUGCUUUAACUGUAGCUGUGUGCUCAGUGGUAGUUUAAAUAUGUAUCUGAAUUAAUAAGGCAUAUACCUGAAAGUCAGAACUUGCUCUGUGAACUAGAAUUGACACUCCCGGAUGUAGGUUGACUUUGCCCGUCCACUGUAGUUAUGAAAGUCACAAGUUGAGGUACAUGCUUGGCCUUGUUAUUUAGACUGCUCAGUUGAAGGAAAUCAGAAUGAUUCCCCUGCCAUUUCUCCUUGAUUCCUUUAUUGAUUUAGACAGGAGGGGAACGGAGGGCGAGCAGAGCACUUUAUAGUGCAUUUAGAUGGUAAUCAAAUGUAGAAGAGAUAUCAUGUUAGCUGGUGAACCUUUCAAACUCUUAAUGUUUUUAAAGUUAGCCAUUCUUUCCUAGUUUCUAGGUUAAUACUAUCCUGGAUACCAGUCUGUUUGUGCCAUCAUGCCACUCCUUUUCAUGCAAAAACAAGGAGUGACAUGAUGGUACAAACAGACUGGUACCCAGGCUAGAUCAAAACCAUUUUUUUAAACAAAAACAACAUAGAGCAUAAAAUGGAGGUCAGGAGGGUUUUUUCUCACGAGGAGAAAUCUUUCCUUUUAGUCCUCCAGGACAUAGGACACCAACACACCUAGAAUUAACCCUGUGUUGUGCUGACUUUGUAAUUACUGUAUGUACGUGUAUGCUGAGUGUGAUGUGUGUCUCACGCCUGCCCACUGAUUUGGUGUGACACAGUCCCCGUCCCCAUCUUCCUGUGCGUGCAGGGCUCAGGGCCAAGUGUCAACGCAGGAAGAAGCUGCACUGCAUGCUUUUACAUAACUACACUGAACUGAACUGUGAAAAAUGUUGAAAUGUGUUAAUGCCAGAAAGAGUGAUAUUGAUGUAACUGUAUAAAUACACACUACCGUUCAAAAGUUUGGGGUCACUUAGAAAUGUCCUUGUUUUCGAAAGAAAAUUAAUAUUUUUGUCCAUUAAAACAACAUCAAAUUGAUCAGAAAUACAGUGUAGACAUUGUUAAUGUUGUAAAUGGCUAUUGUAGCUGGAAACGGCUGAUUUUUUAUGGAAUAUCUACAUAGGCGUACAGAGGCCCAUUAUCAGCAACCAUCAGUCCUGUGUUCCAAUGGCACGUUGUGUUUGAUAAUCCAAGUUUAUCAUUUUAAAAGGCUAAUUGAUCAUUAGAAAACCCUUUUGCAAUUAUGUUAGCACAGCUGAAAACUUUUGUGCUGAUUAAAUAAGCAAUAAAACUGGCCUUCUUGAGACUAGUUGAGUAUCUGGAGCAUCAGCAAUUGUGGGUUCGAUUACAAGCUCAAAAUGGCCAGAAACAAAUAACUUUCUUCUGAAACUCGUCAGUCUAUUCUUGUUCUGAGAAAUGAAGGCUAUUCCAUGUGGGAAAUUGCCAAGAAACUGAAGAUCUCAUACAACGCUGUGUGCUACUCCCUUCACAGAACAGCGCAAACUGGCGCUGGGAGGCCCCGGUGCACAACUGAGCAAGAGGACAAAUACAUUAGUGUCUAGUUUGAGAAACAGACGCCUUACAGGUCUUCAACUGGCAGCUUCAUUAAGUAGUACCCGCAAAACACCAGUCUCAACGUCAACAGUGAAGAGGCGACUCCGGGAUGCUGACCUUCUAGGCAGAGUUGCAAAGAAAAAUCCAUAUCUCAGACUGGCCAAUAAAAAUAAAAGAUUAAGAUGGGCAAAAGAACACAGACACUGGACAGAGGAAGAUUAGAAAAAAGUGUUAUGGACAGACGAAUCGAAGUUUGAGAUGUUCAUAUCACAAAGAAUAACAUUUGUGAGACGCAGAUCAAAUGAAAAGAUGCUGGAGGAGUGCUUGAUGCCAUCUGUCAGGCAUGGUGGAGGCAAUGUGAUGGUCUGGGGGUGCUUUGGUGGUGGUAAAGUGGGAGAUUUGUACAGGGUAAAAGGGAUUUUGCUAUAUUUCCUAUUCAAACUCAUUUCAUGUAUUUUUUCACCACCAAAGCACCCCCAGACCUUCACAUUGCCUCCACCAUGCUUGACAGAUCAGAUGGCAUCAAGCACUCCUCCAGCAUCUUUUCAGUAUGAAAAAAUUUAUGCACUCACUAACUGUAAGUCGCUCUGGAAAAGAGUGUCUGCUAAAUGACUAAAAUGUAAAUGUAAAAUGUAAAACAAGGACAUUUCUAAGUGACCCCAAAACUUUUGAACGGUAGUGUAUAUUGUACAUACUGUACAUAUACUGCAUAUGUGUGGGGAAAUUACAGUAUAUAAAACAUUUACAAAUUAAUGCCUAUAUAGCCUCACUGGUAGGAUAUAUAUCAAGUAAAAACAUUCACCCACAUUUAGUUGAAAUAAUAUAAAGAUUAUCUGUGUUGUUAAUAAUGAGUAACAGUAUUACUUAGUAGCUAGCUAUAGUCAGAGCCUUAUAGAUGUAUGUAUUACAGUAAUACAGCUCUGGUUAUAGCCACCAGGUUACUGAGCUAGUGAGUUGACCUGUGUGUGUGUGUUUGUUUGUCUCUCUCUCCGUCUCCCUCCCUCCCCUGCUCGCUCGCUCCCUCACUCUCUCUCUCUCUCUCUCUCUCUCUCUCUCUCUCUCUCUCUCUCUCUCUCUAUCUCUCUCUCUCUCUCUCUCUCUCUCUCUCUCUCUCUCUCUCUCUCUCUCUCUCUCUCCCUCCCUCUCUCCCUCCAGCCCUGUACUGCAGCACCCCAGACUCGCCCCUGCAGGGGUCCAUCAGUAGCCAGACGGGUGGUCACCUCAACAGCCUGGUCCGCUGGGCCUGUGACCGGGGAUACCGCCUCAUAGGGAACAGUACGGCCGUGUGCAGGAGGAACCCCUAUGGAUACUUUGACUGGGACUCCACCGUACCCGCCUGCCAAGGUGAGAUCUCGGCCCAUAUUGAUAAAACGUUUCAGACUAGGAGUGCUGAUCUAGGAUUAGUCUUGCUUUUUAAGAUCAUAAUGAAUAAGAUUAGAUGGACAGGAGAGACCUGAUCCUAGAUCCUAGAUGUGCUCAAUACUAUAUUACUAUUUUGCAAUUUUCCAGGAAUCCUGUUGUAUGUACUUAGUGUAUCACAUGGAUUUCCAUUUCUAUAAUAAUUACUAACACUUAUCUACCUCGACUUAGCUUUUUCUACAUGAAAUGUCAAACAAAUUUAACACAUGAAAAGAGCCAUCAUAGAAAUACAUUUCCCCAUCAAUGUCUUUAAAACCGUCACCAACUGGAGUUUACUCACCUCAGUGUCACCUCUCAUUCUGGAAAAGCUAUUUUCAGAAGCUUUUAUCCUGUUAAAAGCCAGGUUUUAACAGGAAAACCCAGCUUUCUAAAGCUCCACUCAGUGAUUUAAUGUGAUUUGAUGCAUGCCACCUUACCGUCUGGCGCCAGAGGCUGGAGUGACACUAACAUACAGUGACACACAUAAUAUGACUACAUAAACUUCAGAAGUGUGUCAGAGCACUUCACCCUGGUCUGUUGACCUAAAAUGAGACAACCGGGAGUCAUUGUUCACCAUCAUCUAAGAGCACUGGUCCAGGAAAUUAGAAAAUUAGGGUCUUACGGUGUCCAUAUUAGGAAAAUCUCAGCAGGACUUUUUUCAUCUUGAUAUGUCUUCAUAUGGACACCAUGCGGUCUUAAUGACAAUGUUUUUACACUGACAAGAAGUGCAAAUAUUUGAUAGUGGAUCUACUGUAUAUCCAAAUAUAGCAAUUGUAGUUAGUAAUUGCGAUUGUAUGUGCGAUUUUUGCAAUGUAAGACAAUGCAUCGAGACAGAUGGUAACCUUCGGGUGCUUCCCAAAUGGCACCAUAUUCCCUGUAUACCUCACUACUUUUGACCAAAGCCCUAUGGCCCUGGUUUAAAAGUAUUGCACUAUAAAGGCCAAGGAAUAUGCUGCUAUUUGAGAAGCAGCCUCCAUCUUAUUCCAAACUGAUUGGAGAGAAAGAAAUGGGUCUAAUCAUAUUCCGUCAGCUAGUGGGUAUGCUAAAAUCUUAGAUUAAAAAUGAUUUAAUAUUUUUUUGGCUGUAGGAUUGAGACUUGCCAGAGAAAAUAGCAAAGAGAAACAGAAUAGUUUCAUACCUUUCUGAGCAGAGAGCACACAAACACACGCUCAUACACACACACACACACACACACACGCUCACACAUACACGUUCACACACACACACGCUCACACACACGCUCAUGCUCACACACACGCUCACACACACACGCUCACACACACACACACAAACAGACACACAUGCUCUCACACACACACACACACACACUCACACACACACACACAUACACACACACACACACGCUCACACACACACACACACGCACACACACGCUCACACACACACACACACACAGCAUAUAUAUAAUUUCCUCAGAUCCUCUCUUUGUGCUCACUUACUCAUACACUUUAUAAUGAUAUUUCACUUCUCCAGCUUUUUUCACUACAAUAGACCUAUUGUUAUACCAGGAGGAAACAUUAACUUCCACCUCAUUUAGAAUGACUCCUGACAUAUACAGCCACAUGUCCUGGUUUGUUUGUGUGUUUGGAAGAAAGUUAACACUCAAACCACUAAGCCCAUCUUGAUUUGUUGCUGGGUGUCACCGGCCCAAAAAUCGACAAAAAACUAAAUAAAGAAAAAACUAAAAUAACUCCCGCACACGCAAUUCCACCUCUGCUUGAAAGAGGACUUGUGUGAAGAGGUGGAAUUGUGUGCGUGAGUUAUUUUCGUUUUUCUACCUUGUUUGUGUGUUUGCUCACGCCAGCAUUUUAGUUUGUAUUUCUUUAUCUCUGUCACUGCAUGUGUUUUUCUCUCUCUCUCUGAGCGAAGAUCACAUUCUGUGAAAAUCUUUUUGCAAAUCAGUUCAUAUAAGAUUGCUGUUUAAAGAUUGAGUGGGCAAUACUUUGUCAGUACAUCGUCAGUGUGAGGUGAGUGAGCGGUGUGUUAUUGUAUGGAAGUUGUCUCAAUGCGUCAGUGCUCAUUGCCCUCUGUGUGUUAGAAGAAUGAGCAGGAACAGACUCAGUAUUUUUCAUUAUAUGGUCUCUGUAUGUUAGAAGAAUGUGUGGGAGCAGAGUCAAUGUUCCUCACUGUACUGUCUGUCUGUCUGUCUGUCAUUAGUGGUAUAGUCAGUGGGUCAACAGGUAUGAAUAGUGUUAGUGUCUGUUUUGUCAUCAGCAGACCUUUGUGUGUGUUGAAACGGUGUGUGUUUAUCUCUUUGUGUGUGUUGAAACAGUGUGUGUUUGUCUCUUUGUGUGAGUUGUUGUGUACUGUUGGUAGGUGUGUGUGUGAGAUUGAGUGUGUGUCUGUGUGUGAGACUGAUCUGAGUAUGUAGUGUGUGUAGGCAGGUAUGUGUAUUACACUGAUUAUGUAGUGUGUGAUUUUGAGUGUAUCUCUGUGUGUGAGACUGAUUUGAUUGCGUAGUAUGAUAACCCUGCGUCUCACCCUCUGGGUUUUUUAUAAAUGCUGAUGCUCCUCCCCCCCCCCCCCCCCCCCCCCCCCCCCCCCCCCCCCCCCCCCCCCCAGCGGUGUCCUGCGGGGUGCCCAAGGCACCGGUGAACGGAGGAGUGCUGACGGUGGACUACUCGGUGGGCACGCGCGUGACCUACUUCUGCAACGACGGCUACCGCCUGUCCUCCAAAGAGCUGACCAGUGCCGUCUGCCAGCCUGACAGCACCUGGAGCAACCACAACAAGAUCCCCCGUUGCUCAGGUAGGGUAGGAGGCUAGUGGGGGAGCAUGUACGAGGGUUUGUGUGCCGAUGCCCAGGUAGCUACCGUUAGGCUGGGAGGCUAGUCCAGCAGCUGGGACAGGUGAAGCAGGGGAAGAGAGUGUGUGUGUGUGUGUGUGUGUGUGUGUGUGUGUGUGUGUGUGCGUGCGUGUGUUUGCGUGUGUGUGUGUGUGUGUGUGUGUGUGCGUGUGUUUACGUGUGUGUGUGUGUGCGUUCACCUCACGGCUCCUCAGGAGGGCAAUUACAUCCCUCUUAAAAUGAGUUCCUCCCUCGAAGGCAAUCCCUCACUUAUUUAUGAAUGGAGUAGUUUGUAUUUUGUUAUUGCCCAUUAAGAUGCCUGUUUAAAAUGCCUGGCUGCCUCACAAAGCAGCGCAAAUGGAGGUCACCUCAAUAAUAGAGAACUGUGUAAGAACAGAUUUUCAGGUGAAAUCUCUUAAUAUCUUCUCACUUUAAGUCUGCUAAAAUACUCAAAUGUUUUUAUGUUUUAUUUAUGUAUUGAUUAUUCUUGUGUGCGUGCGCGUGUGCGUGUGUGUGUGUGUGCAUGCGUGCGUGUGUGUGUGUUUCUGUGUAACAGUGGUGGUGUGUCCAAGCAUCGGCUCCUUCUCUCUGGAGCACGGGAGGUGGAGGAUCGUGAACGGCUCCCACUAUGAGUACAGGACCAAGAUUAUCUUCAGCUGUGACCCGGGCUACUACCGCCUAGGCCCCGCCCACAUCCAGUGCACGGCCAAUGGCGUGUGGAGUUGGAGGAACGAAAGGCCUCACUGCCAGAGUGAGUAGAGGGCGGCCAUGUUCUUUUUUCCAACCGGGUACUUUUUACACCAUCACAAUGUCAGAAGCAUAUUGUGUUUAGGUUGUGUUUAGGCUGUUACAGUGUGCCUUAGCCGUAUUACAUGUUUAUGUAAUGAUUAUCAUUUUGACAACCAUUUUAUUUUUUCACUUUACAACACAUCAGAAGCAUGUUAUGUUUACAGUGUGCCCUAGGGAGUGUUGAACGUCUGUCUAACCUUGGGCAGAAUCGUAGGAUUGAUAUGUGAUGUUAUGACCCAAAAUAGUCAAUAAUGAGAUAAAUAGGUGAGAUAGUGACAUCUCUGAGAUAGAGAUGUUAAAAGUACCUAGUAGGAGUAGCAGGUAUGCCUAGAGUGGGGCUGUGGGAGGAAUAGUGAAUGUACUAGACUAGACCACAUUGAUUCUUCUGGUUUAAAAAAACAAACACCUCCAACCUCCCUUUACCUUCCGCUCCUACUCUCCUCUCCACUCCUCCCUUCCUCUCCACUCCUCCUCUCUCCCCUCCUUUCCUCCGAUCUCAAGGAUCCAAAAACAAAAUAAUAUGACUCCCAUUCACUUAAAAAUACCACCCAGACAGUUGACAGAUCAAUUUAAAAUUGACAGAAAUUAGCUCCAAUUGAAUUACCAUUUGAACUGUAAGGGCUCAGCCUGUGGUUUAUUUAUUAACCAAGAAGACAAAUUGGUCUGUCAGCUGACUGAUAUCUCUCAGGUGUUUGUUAAUGCCAUUGGUCUGUCAGCUGGCUGAUAUCUCUCAGGUGUUUGUUAAUGCCAUUGGUCUGUCAGCUGGCUGAUAUAUCUCAGGUGUUUGUUAAUGCCAUUGGUCUGUCAGCUGGCUGAUAUCUCUCAAGUGUUUGUUAAUGCCAUUGGUCUGUCAGCUGGCUGAUAUCUCUCAGGUGUUUGUUAAUGCCAUUGGUCUGUCAGCUGGCUGAUAUCUCUCAGGUGUUUGUUAAUGCCAUUGGUCUGUCAGCUGGCUGAUGAUGCCUUUGUUAUUGUCUGGGCCACAGUCAUUUCCUGUGGGGACCUCCCUGGCCCACCCAAUGGGAAGAAGAUUGGUACGCAGAUGACCUUUGGGGCGACCGCCAUCUUCAUGUGCGACGCAGGUUUCAUGCUGGUGGGCUCGACCGUGAGAGAAUGCCUCUCCUCUGGACUGUGGAGCGGACAGGAGACCCGCUGCUUGGGUAAAACGACCAAUUCAUUCCCAACAUUUCUGUUGUCUGUCUGUGUUUGUGUGAAACAACCAUGGAACAUUCUCCAGAUGCUGUGUUCCUGUGAAAUGCAGGCUAUCUACUGCCCUAAGAAUGUUUCAGUUGGUGUGGAGUUAUUUUGGUCUUCACCCUCUAAUGAACAUAUGUUUAUUGUGGUAAAUAGCUUGACUGUCUAACUUCUCUGUGUGCUGGUGCCAAGUCUGUGGAGGCAGGGAGAAUUUUGGGCUUCUUUAUUUUCUCUGAAACACGUCUGUGUACUGAAAAUCUCUGCGAACUUUCUGUCUAAAUGAGAAUCUCUAUCCUGUACCCUCUCUGUCUGUCUGUCUGUCUGUCCGUCAGAACAUGACUGUUCAGUACAGUACAAGACUUCUCUCUCACAUAGUAGAUUAUUCCUCUCUCUAGCUGCUCUGUGUCUGUUUCAUUGAAAACACCAUCUCUUUCUUUCUUUCUUUCUUUCUUUCUUUCUUUCUUUCUUUCUUUCUUUCUUUCUCUCUCUCUCUCUCUCUCUCUCUCUCUCUCUCUCUCUCUCUCUCUCUCUCUCUCUCUCUCUCUCUCUCUCUCUCUCUCUCUCUCUCUCUCUCUCUCGCUCUCCCCUUCUUCAUCUCCCCCUCUCCCUUCUCCUCUCUCUAACUCUUUCCUUUGUGUUUCUCUCCAGCGGGCCACUGUGGUAUUCCAGAGACCAUAGUGAAUGGUCAGGUGAUUGGGGAGAACUUUGGCUACAGGGAGACGGUGGUGUACCAGUGCAUCCCAGGCUUCCGCCUCAUCGGCUCCUCGGUGCGGAUCUGCCUGCAGGACCACAACUGGUCUGGACAGCUGCCUUCCUGCGUGUGUGAGUGUCCUCCUUCUCUCUCUCUCUUUACCUCUCUCUCUCUUUAUAUCUGUUUUUUUCCCUGUAUGUAUUUCACACUUUAUAUCUCUCUUCAUCUCUCAAGUUCUCCCUUUUCUCUUACUCCUACCUUAGCUCUCCUUUUUCUCUGUCUCUCUCAACUUUCACUGUCGCACACAAACCUCCUGUCAAGUGCUUGGAGGAACUGCCUCAGAAUAUCCCGUCUCAGAACCCAUCCCCAACUUUCAAUACUUUUUAUCAGUUUUCCAAGUAAGUCUUAUAAGUAGCUGAUUACUGAAGUCUGGAUCACUUUUGUGUGGUUAAUGAGUUGACAAAUAAUACUGUUUUAGAGUGGUAAGGGAAAUAGGGAGGUGAAGUGGGGUUUGUGGACCUGCGUCACUAGACUGACGAUUCCAGUGCCCCUUCUGAGAUCUCCCUCUGAGAUCUCCCUCUGAGAUCUCCCUCAGUUCACAAAGAGCCCUGGCAUUUCAAGUAUUCUCAUCAUUCUCUCUGGACUCAGACAGAAGGAGCCUUCUCUGUCUUCCCAGGCUUUUUUAAUUAUAGGUCCAAUAGCCGUUUUUAUCUCAAUAUCAAAUCAUUUCUGGGUAACAAUUAAGUACCUUACUGUGAUUGUUUUAAAUGAAAAUGGUCAAAAAGAAACAAAAAUAGCUUAUUAGCAAAGAGUAAUUUCUCAAGCAAGAAUUGUGCUUGGACUGUCUGGGAGUGGUCUGAGUGGGGGAGGGGGAAACUGAAAACUGUCUGUUAAUGUCAGAGAGGUUUCAAACUCUCUUUCUUAUUGGUCUGUUAACUAAUUGACUGCCUGGUGGUGUCACCAGGCAGGCCAAAACUCCAUUGCCCAUUCACCCUCUGAAUGGCACACAUACAAUCCAUGUCUCAAUUGUCUCAAGGCUUAAAAAUCCUUCUUUAACCUGUCUCCUCCCCUUCAUCUACACUGAUUGAAGUUGAUUUAACAAGUGACAUCAAUAAGAGAUCAUAGCUUUCACCUGGAUUCACCCGGUCAGUCUAUAUCAUGGAAAGAACAGGUGUUCUUAAUGUUUUGUUUACACACUGGAAAAUCACAGCCUUUAAAGACUCAUUGCCAGUUCAUUUACAGUUCCAUGGUCAACCUGAUUAUGCGUCUCACCUAUGACUCAUCAACAAAGACAGUUAUUUAUUUUGUUGUGUUUUAUAGCUAAUCAACACAGAAUUAUGUAGAUUUCAUAGAAGAUAUUUGUCAUAUAGGAUUGGUGGAUGAACUGCAUGUCAUAGUUUACAGUAUAUACCAAUAGAUCAAACCAUAUAACUUUUUACAAUUAUUAUAAUUUUGUACCCCUUUUUCGUGAUAUCCAAUUGGUAGUUACAGUCUUGUCGAAUCGCAGCAACUCCCAUACGGACUCGGGAGAGGCGAAGGUCGAGAGCCAUGCGUCCUCCGAAACACAACCCUGCCACACUGCUCGCUUAACCCGGAAGCCAGGCGUAACAAUGUGUCAGAGGAAACACCAUCCACCUGGCGGCUGAGGUCAGCUUGCAGGCCAAACCCUCCCCUAACCCAGACGACGCUGGGACAAUUGUGCGCCGCCUCAUGGGUCUCCCGGUCAUGGCCUGCUGUGACACAGCCUUUGAAUGGAUAUAUAUUUUUAAAUAGCUAUAUAUAUAUUGAGGUGAGAGCAUUGGAAAUGCUUUUGGCGGUUGACCUGCUUCUGUUUUGUGGGUGGCACUGUGUGCUAUUUUCGAUGGAUGGGUCCUGGCCUCUCGGGGGGCCUAGGGAUUCGGGGGGACGGGGGUGGUAUGCUGAACACUAGGAUGACGGCCCAACUUGGGAUGGGGAGGGGCUUUAGCAGGGGAAUUAGUGGAGUACAAUUGGAGGUUUACUUAGUAGCAAUGCAAAUAUCAUGGUACAGCUAUAUUUACAUGGCUCCAAGAGAAGGAAUAUAAUAUCUAUUGUUUACAGGAAACUCAUUCAACAAUUCUAGAUGAAGUUGUGUGGAAAAAGGAAUGGAGGGGCGAAAUAUACUUCUCCCAUGGGCAAAGAAACUCAAUUAAUUAACAGUAAUUUCGAUCCGAAUGUGCAAAUUGUCCAAACAGAUACGCAAGGUAGAUGGAUUAUUUUAAAUAUGUUAUUGGACCAUAAACAGAUAUGGCUCAUUAACCUUUACGGACCAAAUAAUGAUGAUCCACACUUCUUUGACAAUAUAUAUAAUAAAUUAUCAACUCUGCAAGCAAUUCAAGACUCUAUUAUUAUGGUGGGGGAUUAUAAUACUGUUUUAAAUAGCUCAAUGGACCAUAAAGGAAAUCACUCUACAAACUAUCACCCUCAUGCUCUUAAGGAAAUGGUGAAUGUCAUGGAUACAUUAGAACUAGUAGAUAUAUGGAGGCUUAAAUAUCCUGAUCUAGUGAGAUAUACACAGCGGAGACUCAAUCAAGCUAGUCGUCUUGACUUCUUUUUAUGUCAUUUUCGUUGGCAUCAAAAGUUUAAAAAGUGUUGAUAGGGGACAGAAUGCGGUCGGACCAUCAUAUAAUUGGCAUAUACAUUACUCUUACUGAAUUUCCACGUGGGCAAGGAUAUUGGAAAUUUAAUCAAAGCCUAUUGGAUGAUAACUUGUUUUAACUAGGACAGAGGAAUUUAUAACUGAUUUUACCCGACAUAACAUAGGUACAGCAAAUCCCCUUAUUCUAUGGGACACCUUUAAAUGUGCCUUUAGAGGCCAUGCAAUUCAGUACUCAUCUCAAAAACAAAAUAAUAAUAAAUAAUAUGCCAUUUAGCAGACGCUUUUAUCCAAAGCGACUUACAGUCAUGCGUGCAUACAUUUUUUUUUGUGUAUGGGUGGUCCCGGGGAUCGAACCCACUACCUUGGCGUUACAAGCGCCGUGCUCUACCAGCUGAGCUACAGAGGACCACAAAAGCAAUUUAGGUCAAAAAUGUAGGUCAAAAGAGUCCACACUAACAAAGGAAAUAGAAGGUCUAACAGAACAGAUAGAUGGCAAUAACAACUGUAACAUAGAGGCUCAGAAUAAAUUAGAGGAAAAACAAAAAUAAAUUGAAAAAUUUAUUCAAGGAAGAUCAAGUGUAAUAUAUUAUAAAAAAUAAAGAAAACUGGAUGGAAUAUGGGGAAAAAUGCACCAAAUUCUUUUUUAAUCUUCAACAUAGGAAUGCUACCAAAAAUAAUUUAUUGAAACUGGUUACAAAUGACGGAGUCACCCAUGAUUCACCAAAUGAUAUUUUGAAGGAGGAAACAAAGUACUUUAAACAUACGUUUUCGUUUCAGUCGCCUCCAUCUCCUCUAACUGAAGCAAAUUGUAGAGAUUUUUUUUCUAUUGAUAAUGUAAAAUUAAUAGCCAUGCAGAAAGACUCAUGUGAAGGUGAAAUUACAGAGGAGGAACUUCUGGAUGUAAUUAAAGACUUUAAGUCCGGGAAAACUCCAUGGUUGGAUGGCAUACCAGUCGAGGUAUACCAAACCUUUUUUUAUAUACUCAGAGGACCAUUAUUAGCAUGUUUUAACCACUCCUAUGUAAAUGGUAGAUUAUCAGACACUCAAGAAGAAGAUCUGAUUUCAUUAUUACUGAAACAGGAUACAAGUGGAAAAUAUAAAGAUCCAGUCCAUUUAAAAAAUUGGAGGCCCCUUACACUUCAGUGUUGUGAUGCAAAAAUUCUAGGAAAAUGUAUAGCGCAUAGAAUUAAAAAGGUAUUGUCGGACAUUAUUCAUUCUAAUCAGACAGGUUUUUUACAUGGGCGAUACAUUGGAGAUAAUAUAAGGCAAGUACUGGAAACAAUAGAACACUACGGAAAAUCAGGGAAACCAGGCAUACUAUUCAUAGCAGACUUCGAAAAGGCAUUUGAUAAAGUACGACUGGGGUUUAUAUAUAAAUGCCUGGGGCAUUUCAAUUUUGGACAAUCUAUUAUAAAUUGGGUUAAAAUCAUGUACCCUAGGUGUAAAAUAGUAAAUAAUGGCUAUUUCUCAGAAUGUUUUAAACUGUCAAGAGGAGUGAAACAAGGUUGUCCACUAUCGGCAUAUCUAUUUAUUAUUGCCAUCGAUUCAUGUUUUCUUUUAAAUCCACAACUUGAAUCCCAUAAAGGAUCUAGAUACAUUUUCUAACCUCUCUGGAUUACAACCAAAUUAUGAUAAAUGUACUAUAUUACGUAUUCGAUCACUAAAAAAUACAAAAAUUACAUUACCAUGUAGUUUACCAAUAAAAUGGUCUGAUGGUGAUGUGGAUAUACUCGGAAUACAUAUGCCAAAUGAAAUAAAUGAUCUCACUCCAAUACAUUUUAAUAGAAAGUUAGCAAAAAUGGGUAAGAUCUUGCUACCAUGGAAAUGUAAAUACCUGUCAAUUUGUGGAAAAAUCCCCCUGAUUAACUCUUUAGUAUUAUACCAGUUUACCUAUUUGCUUAUGGUCUUGCCUACGCCUAGCGAACAGUUUUUUUAAUUAUAUGAGAAAAAAAUAUUCCAUUUUAUUAGGAACGGCAAGCCAGACAAAAUUAAACGGGCCUAUUUAUAUAAUGAAUAUGAAUUCGGAGGACAGAAAUUAUUAAAUAUUAAAGCAUUAGACCUAUCACUAAAAGCUUCACUCAUACAAAAGUUAUACUUAAAUCCAAACUGGUUCUCUAGCAAAUUUGUAAGAUUGUCUCACCCAAUGUUCAAGAAUGGCCUUUUUCCCUUUAUUCAGAUUACAACCUCUCACUUUAAGUUAUUUGAAAAGGAAAUAAUCUCCCAAAUAUCACUAUUUCUAAAACAAGCCAUAGAAAGUUGGUUGCAAUUUCAAUUUAAUCCUCCAGAAACAACAGAACAAAUAAUGCAACAAAUAUUGUGGUUAAACUCAAAUAUACCAAUUGAUAAAAAACCAUGUUCUUUUGAAAAAUGUUUAAAAAAGGUAUAAUCUUCGUAAAUUAUAUUAUCGCUGGGACUGGUGGAAUUAUGUUGCACAUGCAGCUAACAAAAACAUAUGGAAAUGUCUUCUCUACCCAAAAUUACAACCAAAUAAUUGCAGCAUUACCGCAAAAAUGGAAAAGGAAAGUGGAAGGGGGAAAAAGUAUGGAACUUGUCUGUCGGCCUUGCAUUAAAGAAUAUAAUUGUGAUAAAUAAAAAAGUAUACCAGUUUCAUUUAAGGACCAAAGGAUUGACAGCCAUCCCAAAAUAGUUGGGAAGAGAUUUUUGACGUACCGAUUCCAUGGCAUAGUGUUUAUGAAUUGAUACGCAAAACGACGCCGGAUUCAAAACGUAUCAUUUUUCUAUUUAAAUUAUUAUAUAACAUUCUUGCUACCAAUAGAAUGUUAUUUAUAUGGGGGAUACAAUCUUCCCAGCUCUGCAGAUUUUGCUGCGAAGAGACAGAAUCAUUAGAUCAUUUGUUUUGGUACUGUCCAUUUGUAGCUUGUUUUUGGACACAGGUCCAGUAAUAGCUAAAGGACUGCAAUAUUUACCUGGAGCUAACCCUGCAGAUAGCACUACUGGGUGAUCUGAAAAGUCAUAGUCAAUCAAUCAAUAAUAUAAUAAUACUUUUAGCAAAAAUGUUUAUAUUCAAUUUACGAUCUGUAGAAACAAUGAGAAUAGAAAGGGUCAGAACUUUUGUAAAACAUCACAGUACAGUUGAAAAAUAUAUGGCAAAUAGAAAUACAAUAUGGAUGGUGUUAAGAGAUAGAUGGGAGGUGUUGAAUGGAGCUGAAGGAUGGGACUAAUAACAACAACUAAUAACAACAAGAUAACUUGUUAUGUAAAGCAUACUGUGUCCAUAAUAAGUAUAUAGGUUAUAGGUUGAGAGCUUUUGUUAGAAAAAUAUGGCAUAUAGAAGCAAAAAACAUAUGGGGGAUUGGAAGUGAUGCAGACAAUUACAUUGAUGGAAGUCCCGUGUAGCUCAGCUGGUAGAGCAUGGCGUUUGCAACGCCAGGGUUGUGGGUUUGUUUCCCACGGGGGACCAGUAUGAAAACAAAUGUAUGCACUAACUGUAAGUCGCUCUGGAUAAGAGUGUCUGCUAAAUGACUAAAAAAAGUUACAAUCUAUCUGAAAUGUUAAAGCUGAUCUACCCCCUAAAAAAAACACAAUGUGCUUCUAUAUUCUGUUAUCAAGCCAUAUUGUAAGAAACUAUAUGUUUCCUAUAGGCUGUAAGCAAACCAUGUAUGGUCCGAUAACAUUGUCUCUCUCUCUCUUUCUGGCAGUAACCGUGGUGAUGAUGAACAGUGUUUUUAUAUAGACAAUAUGCUGCGCAAUGCUAGCAGCACUUUAAACAGAAAUAGCUACUGGAGACGUAAGAGGGUCAGGGCCAUUUUCCUACUGAAAUGGUAGUGACCCUUAUCUCCUCAACUGGCUAUCACAAAGACUAGCCCUCUGGCUCAUUGAUGAACCAUGCAGCUAGCCCAAUACUUCUUCAUGGAAAAUAUUAUUCUAUUCAUUCCCUUGGGUGGGUUGUGUGUUUGUGUGUGUGUGUGCGUAAGCAUGCACAUUAUAUCUGUAGAUGUGAGGUUGAACUCAGUUAUUUUAACAUGCAAUGAUGGGGAGACUUUCUACAGACACUGAGACCUCCUAAGGUUAUCCCUCAUAGGCUUAGUGGUCCAGAGAAAUGGACUGGCCAUAAUGCCAGUUCAUUAUUAUUUUUUUUGCGAAUAAUGAUCAUUAUUUGGCUAAUAAUGAAGAAAUGCUGGACCGACAUCUGGUCCCGGUCCGUUCAUGAGAGAACCUUCUAGACCUCAUUAUCGUGUGAUGCCUACAAUGUUAAAACAGUGAAAAAUAUUUACACAUAAACAUUUAUUUUCACUGACAAAUCACAUCAAUAAAAGGCCAUAUGACUUUGAAAAUGCAACAUUGUUUAACCGGGUUCAUAAAAAACAUGAAUUUUUUUACAUUGUCUGCAGUAGGGUAGAGAAGCCGUGUCUGGGGUGGGAUAAAGCUUAGUAGUUAACUGUGCUGGGCUGGGCUGUGAGUUCAGACUGAGGUUACUGUACUCUGCCAGGCUGGUUGACAGAGGAAAGACAGGAAAGGAUUACUGUUCUCUAGUCAACCAAAAUGGUGGAGAGAAGGUGGAAGUAAUCUGUCGUGUCUACUAACUGCCUGUGUGUUCCUACACAUGUCAAAACAUGCCUUGAGUAAGUACAGUGGGGCUGGCCUUUUUUCGCGAUGUCACACACAGAUCGACACACACACACAGACGCGCACACACACCCCUGCUGUUACACACACACCUUCAAUCUCAGCAGCUUAAUAGGGCACACACACUUCGAGUUAGGGCCUUCACACCCCAACACUUACACACUGACUUCAAGACCAACACACGAUCACUCACCCAUAGACUCAGCCCCCUAACACUGACUUCCAGACCAACACACGAUCACUCACCCAUAGACUCAGCCCCCUAACACUGACUUCAAGACCAACACACGAUCACUCACCCAUAGACUCAGCCCGCUAACACUGACUUCCAGACCAACACAUGAUCACUCACCCAUAGACUCAGCCCCCCCCCCCACUCUCUCGCUCUCUCUCCAUCUGCCUCUAUCCCUCUGCCUCUCUCUCUCUCUCUCUCUCUCUAUCUCUCUGCCUCUCUCUCUUUCUCUAUCCCUCUCUCUCUCUCUCUCUCUCUCUCUCUCUCUCUCUCUCUCUCUCUCUCUCUCUCUCUCUCUCUCUCUCUCUUUCUCUCUCUCUCUCCCUCUUGUCUCUCUCCCUCACUGACUCAGUCUCUGGUCCAUUAUCUAAUUUCAUAAGUCCCAGUCACCCACUCACUGAUGAAGUCCCACAAUGUCAGGCCCCUCUUACAGUAUCCCACCUAGGCUAAUGGCCCAUGGCCCCAUUCAUAGGCCCCGAACCACUAGUUUCUCCCCUUCCUGGACCCAUGCCUCCCAGACAGGCAGAGAAAGGCCUCCCGAUGCCUCCCAGAGCUAGAGAGAGGAUCACUAUGAGCACAUUGAGCAUAUCAUUUACACCCCAGCAGCUCCACAGCACACUCUGCCAUCACUUCUGCAUCGCUCGGCAAAUGCCUGCAAUUGAGCACAACUAAUGUGUUUUGGGCCAUUGGCAUGAAAAUGGCCGCCAUCCAUUGGAUUAGCCAUUCAGAUGAGCUGCCAGACGGCCAAUGAGUUUAGACCAGAGGGACCUGAUGGGGAAUGACACUUUUUAGGGCAGUGGUCUAGGAUGGGGCAAUAAAACAGCUCUUUGCCAUUUGUCCUCCUGAAUAUCAGUUUGAGAGGUGACUGAGACCAUAGAAAUAGAAUGAGACACUCAAAAUGUCCACCAGUCUACCCAUGAUGGCAUCAUUGACUUGAAUGGGGAGGCCUGUUCUAUUCAUUCUAGCUCUGUGAUUGUGACAUCCUGGCUAAACAUGUGAUAGUCUAGCCCCUAGCCUAUUGAUAACCGAGCUACACAGCUCUAUUGCAGAUUUUAUUGGUAGUCUAUUGUUAUGUCCAGUCUAUGGCACAGUAAGUAAAUGUGAGCUGAGGCUACGUUCAAGCUCCUUUUUGAUUUCAAUUCCCCGUUCAAGGUCUGGCUUUGCUAUUUCUAUGGUCUCAAACUCAACAGGUGUGUUUUUGCAGUGAACAAAUGAGCACCCAGUGGAUUAUUACUUGGUGGAUUAUAAAUCAAAAGUGACCUUACCUCUUAUCCAUUACUCCUAAUGUUACCCUUACUUUUAUACAGUGCCCUCUCUCUCUCUCUCUCUCCUCUCUCUCUCUCUCUCUCUCUCUCUCUCUCUCUCUCUCUCUCUCUCUCUCUCUCUCUCUCUCUCUCUCUCUCUCUCUCUCUCUCUCCCCCUCUCUCUCUCUCUCUCUCUCUCUCUCUCUCUUUCUCUCUCUCUUUCUCUCUCUUUUUCUCUCUCUCUCUCUCUCUCUCUCUCUCUCUCUCUCCCUCUUUCAAUUCAAUUUAAGGCCUUCAUUGGCAUGGGAAACAUAUGUUAACAUUGCCAAAGCAAGUGAAAUAGAUAAUAAACAAAAAUGAAAUAAACAAUUUAGAAAAAUUAACAGUAAACAUUACACUCACAAAAGUUCCAAAAGAAUAAAGACAUUUCAAAUGUCAUAAUAUGUCCAAAUAGUACAAAAGGGAAAAUAAAUAAACAUAAAUAUGGGUUGUAUUUACAAUGGUGUUUGUUCUUCACUGGUUGCCCUUUUUUUUGUGGCAACAGAACCUCCUCUCGCUCUCUUUCCAGGGCUCACUUGAAAAUAAUCUCUCCAUUUCUCUCUCUCUCCCCCCAGCUAUCAGCUGUGGACACCCGGGCAGCCCUAUCUACGGGCGGACCAUCGGUAACGGCUUCAAUCUGAAUGACGUGGUGAGCUUCUCCUGCAACACGGGCUACGUGAUGGAGGGGCCCUCGAGGGCCCAGUGCCAGGCCACGCGCCAGUGGAGCCAGCCACCACCAACGUGUAAAGGUGGGGAAAAAAGUUAAGUCUUCUAUUCACACGUAGUACGCUUGCUCAUUCCGCCUGACCACUGCAGUGCACUCUGAGUAAGAUGGGGAGGAAGGAGGAAUCUUGGCUUGUAGUGGGAUUGUAACCAAUCAUGUAGGAGCACCACAUCAGGACAAUGGCCUCUGUGUAGGGUGAAUGGUUGCUCUGUGUUUCUGUGUGAAUUGUGGUUGUGGUGAAUUAGGGUCAUAGCCAACACGGCCUCUUGAACAUCAGUAGAUAUGAUUGUGGUGGUAUGACUGACCACUUUAGGAUUUAUUCAUAGUUGUGUUGACCCAUUGCAUGACACUGAUUUUGCGACCUUGGGUUUGUUGUGUUAUAAAUGUAUAAUAUAAUACUAAAGGGCUGUGAGGGGGUGUGGGGUGAUUAUCUGAAAACCAUCUGAUGGAGCUUAUGGCAGUUCCAUUAUAUAGGAGUCUUCCCCUGAGGUAACCAGAGGCUAAGUCCAGGGUCAGGCUGCUAUUGGACAAGCCCUGAGGUAACCAGAUGCUAAGUCCAUGGUCAGACUGCUAUUGGACAAGCCCUGAGGUAACCAGAGGCUAAGUCCAGGGUCAGACUGCUAUUGGACAAGCCCUGAGGUAACCAGAGGCUAAGUCCAUGGUCAGACUGCUAUUGGACAAGCCCUGAGGUAACCAGAGGCUAAGUCCAGGGUCAGACUGCUAUUGGACAAGCCCUGAGGUAACCAGAGGCUAAGUCCAGGGUCAGACUGCUAUUGGACAAGCCCUGAGGUAACCAGAGGCUAGGUCCAGGGUCAGACUGCUAUUGGACAAGCCCUGAGGUAACCAGAGGCUAAGUCCAGGGUCAGACUGCUAUUGGACAAGCCCUGAGGUAACCAGAGGCUAAGUCCAGGGUCAGACUGCUAUUGGACAAGCCCUGAGGUAACCAGAGGCUAAGUCCAGGGUCAGACUGCUAUUGGACAAGCCCUGAGGUAACCAGAGGCUAAGUCCAGGGUCAUAUCUGAUUGGACUACUGUGGCGAGAGGAAAUAAAACGCCCACGCUGUGUUGUCCUUUGUUGACACCAGUAAAUCAAUCUUGCAGGUUCUUGAAAUUCAUAAUAAGCCAUUGAGAUGCACACACUUAUCUAUUUUUUAUACUGUAAUUUUGUAUUAUCAUUUACUUGACAAUGGUGUGGAUCAUGCAUUAAGAUCAAUGGAAGAUUGGCGCGAAAAUGCCGUUUAAUGUUUGGAUUUGGCCCUAUAUGAGUGACUGCAGAGGGUCAAGCGUGUCCUAAGUGUUGGAAUGAAUUGAUCCCUUCCAUGUUUCUGCCAAAUAACACAUGCUUGUCUUCUUUCCCUUUUCUCUCUACCUCUUCAGUGGUCAACUGCUCCGAUCCUGGGAUCCCAGCCAACUCCAUCAGACAGAGUAAGAUAGAACACGGGAACUUCACCUUUGGAACCGUGGUGUUCUACGACUGCAGCCCGGGGUUCUACCUGUUCGGUUCUCCCGUUCUCACCUGUCAGCCCACAGGACAGUGGGACAAGCCUCUACCGGAGUGUAUUGGUGAGUCUGGUGUCACUGUAUGUGGUCGAAACAGGCUAAGUAAUGUGCACACUGCAAUAUGUGCUUGCAUGUGGUAUAUUGGAGAAGUUUCGACGGUUGAAACAUUGUCACCAAUAAACCAAAGAGUUAACCACAGAUUGCAGUGUGCGGAGUCUCUUUUUACCAUUCACUGAACAUAUUUUGAUAUCCAGCACCUGCUCAAAGACAUUGGUGGUGCGUAUCUAAAGUAAUCUGUUCCUAUAAUUUGUUGUCGCUGUCUCACAGACUGUCUGUCUUUCCCGGAGAGAGACUGCCGAUUUAGCAACUUGGCACUCGUGACUAAUUAGCAUAUUAUUCCUUUAAUUGAGGCUGAAUGAGUUGCGUGACCCCCCGCUGUUUAAGAUCAGUGUUCUAAUUGAGGGACAGGUGGAACAGCUCUGUGGAUGUUACACAAAUUAGGGAUGCCAGGUUGGCAGCUGAUCUCUAUGUUUUAUGGUGUGUGUCUUCAACAUCCUCCUCAAAACAAGCUGCAUCUGACACCAGCUGUACUGGCAACCUGGCAUGUCUAAACAGCUAGUUUAAACACAGGGCUUCAAGGCUUCCUACUGGCUGUCUCAGUGUUCCAAACACAACCUGAGGCUCCUACUGGCUGAAGGGCAUAGCUGUGUGCUCAAAUCAGAGCCCUCGCUUUGAAAUUUGAACCCAAUCCCAACCUUAUUCAACUUUGAUGUGUAGCCUACUGUUUUACCUUAAACCUUAUUAUAGGUUAGCUCUACUAAGGCCCAAUCAGUUUGGUGUUCCUGUUGCGAUGUGUUUAAAAAAUGAUGAAAAAACCCUCGGCAGGAUUAAUGAACGUGCUCUUUCUCCCUCCAUUCCUUGUUCCCUGUUUGAUCUACCCCACUGCGACAUCCACACCCUGUCCAAAACGUUCUUCUCAUUUAGACACGCCUCGUCCUUUCUGCUGAAUCGGCAUGUUAAUACCGGACCUGCUCACUUUUUAUAGGCCAGUAGCAGACAAAAGAGGAGAAAGUAUAAAGUAAACUUGCUGAUUAUAGCACAUUGUGGGGUGAAUAUUUGAAAAAAGAAUGUGAUUAUUUUAGCACCCUGGCCUUGAUAAUUUACAAAGUGAAAAAUGGAUCAAGAAUGAUUACAAAGGAUGAGGACGGUACCGUCUACUUUGGAACGUUGCCAAUAUGAGCUUAAGUGCUAGUACUGUAUUUUUAUAAUAGUGAAGCUAGUACAGUGGUCUUAUUCUAUGAGCAGGGGUACUGGACAUUUUAGACGGUUUUCCCGGACACAGAUUAAACCUAGUCCUGGACUUAAAAGCACUUUUUGUAGUCCAGGACUAGGCUUAACCUGCGUCCGGGAAACUGGCCUAUAGUGUUUAUUCUAAGUAGUUUGUUUGAUACAGUAUUCCCCUCUACGAGGAGAAGUAGGCUAGAACAGUGUUCAAACUAUAUGCACUAUAUAGUGAAUAGGGUGCCAUUUGGGACGCAGACGCAGUGUGUGGCCUCAAUCCUCUAGAGAGGGACGACAGUACCUUCCACUACAUUAUCCCUGUCAGCACUCUGAGCUGACAGCAUCCAUCUUGUGUGUGUCUCUCUCCUGAAGUGGUGGACUGUGGUCACCCCGGGUCCCCUCCCAACGGCCAACUGAGCGGGGAUAAAUUCACCUUCGGCUCUACGGUUCGCUACACCUGCACAGGGGGACGCCAGCUGAAGGGCGAGUCGGCACGCACCUGCCAGCUCAACGGCCACUGGAGCGCACCCAUGCCCUUCUGCGCAGGUAAAUUCUUUACAUACAGUGGGGUUUGUGAGUGGGUGGGGGGCGGCUGUGUGUUUGGGACACAGGUUGUCCAAGGUAACAAUGACUAAGUAAACUUAAGUUAUGCUCCAUAUGACGAUUUCAAGGCUUGGAUUUUCAGGUCAGCGUUGUCACGGUGACGAAGCUCAAACGUUCAAGUCUACAUUUAGUAGCUUUUGGCCUUACUUUUGAUAAGACCUUUUUUGUACACGCAUACGCACAUGGCAAGAGCUAAAAGCGGAUGGAGACAAAGAGAGAGAAGGUCAUAUCAAGGACCACAAAAUAAUAACUGAAGAAGUAUAAAGAUAGCUCAUAAUAGUGGGGGAGGAUUUAAAAGUGGUGGUGGAGCAACACAUUGGUUCCAGCAGAACAGAAGAAACAAGAGGCAUUGACUAACAUGUGGGCAGGAGUGUUCACCCUCUUCACCCUAGCGUGGGUGUUGUGCCUGCAGCACUGACAUCACCACAACCACAUACACGGCACAACACAACCACAGCUAGCUAGAUUAGCCACAACUGCCCUUUCUUCACAACACAAUGUCCAUCUCUCUCACUCUCGCUCUUUCUUUCUCUCUCUCUCUCUCUCUCUCCUUUCCUCUGCUCUUUUUCUACUCCUCUCCCUACCCCUCUCUCCCUCCUCCUCUCUCUCUCUCUCACACUUAGUUACCACGCAUUCCUUCCGCCCAAGAAAUAGCUUAUUUCUCCUUCUUCUUCUUCCUAUUCUUCCACUCAAUAUGUAAAGUACUGUAGCUAAAUAGAUACAUUAUAAUGUGGUGCAAUGUGCAUGGAAAUCGUUAUCUAACUACAUUUAAUGAAAGAUUACAAUGACCCCAUCAGGAUGGGGGAUGGUGGGAAAAUACAUUUGCAGCUAAAGUAAUUUUUUCAGCGGUAGAAGGAUGUCAUUCCCUGGAUAAUGAGGGCCUCUUUAUUUCCUCUCUUGCGGAAGUUGGGUCUGCAUCCCAAAUGGCACCCUAUUUACUGUAUAGAGCACUACUUUUAAUCAGAACCCCAUUGGUCUCUGGUCAAAAGGAGUGCGCUAUAAACGGAAUAGGGUGCCAUUUUGGAUGCAGCCGGGCGGUCUUUGGACAUGUAAUUGAUCUGUGGGAACUACUGAGUUGGUGGUUCGUUUGCUGUCCCUCUUUAUUGAGAUUAUAUGCCAUCUGCUUUGCCCUACGGCAGACUGCAGAGGAAUCAUCUCACCCUCAUCUCCUCUGGGAGUGUCGCUCGUCCUCUCGUCCUGUCUAUCUCUCUCUUGCUCUCUCUUUCUUUCUUUCUUGUCUGGUUGAUUAUUCACUAAAGUGAGUCAUUGGCCAAGAGAAAACACUUGAGACAGUUGAAAGAGAAUAGAGAGACACAGGUACUUACCUUUUAAUACAGAAGAUGGUUAUUGAGUGAAGAAGUCUAAAAGAGUUUUGAAUCCAACAUCACAUGAAGUAUAAAUCACUGACACAAGAUCAAUUUCCCUGUAGGAGGUCUCUUCCAUCCAUUUCUUUACUUAAAGACUUGUGUUGCCCUUGUGGCACUUGUAUACACCCUGCCUUAUCCUGUUAGUGAGUCCACCUGAACUGGGCGUAGUUUAAAGAGUUUAGCAGUGUGUAAACCUCCCCUAGCUAACCCUGUUAUUGAGAAGUGUGAAGAGUUCAGCAGUGUGUAAACCUCCCCUAGCUAACCCUGUUAUUGAGUAGUGUGAAGAGUUCAGCAGUGUGUAAACCUCCCCUAGCUAACCCUGUUAUUGAGUAGUGUGAAGAGUUUAGCAGUGUGUAAACCUCCCCUAGCUAACCCUGUUAUUGAGUAGUGUGAAGAGUUCAGCAGUGUGUAAACCUCCCCUAGCUAACCUUGUUAUUGAGAAGUGUGAAGAGUUCAGCAGUGUGUAAACCUCCCCUAGCUAACCCUGUUAUUGAGUAGUGUGAAGAGUUUAGCAGUGUGUAAACCUCCCCUAGCUAACCCUGUUAUUGAGAAGUGUGAAGAGUUCAGCAGUGUGUAAACCUCCCCUAGCUAACCCUGUUAUUGAGAAGUGUGAAGAGUUCAGCAGUGUGUAAACCUCCCCUAGCUAACCCUGUUAUUGAGAAGUGUGAAGGGUUUAGCAGUGUGUAAACCUCCCCUAGCUAACCCUGUUAUUGAGUAGUGUGAAGAGUUCAGCAGUGUGCGCAGCGGGCCUAAAGCGGACUAUGCUGAUGUGAGAUAUAUGAACACAAGCUGACAGUCUAACUGAGAGUGAUGUGAACGUAUGGGUAGGAGAUAUAGAAAAGUUAUCUCUGUCUGUAUUUAUAUACAUACUGAACAAAAAUAUAAAUGCAACAUUCAACAAUUUCAACGAUUUUGCUUUUACAGCUCAUAUAAGGAAAUCAGUCAAUUGAAAUAAAUAAAUUAGGCUCUAAUCUAUGGAUUUCACAUGACUGGGCAGGGGCGCAGCCAUGGGUGGGCCUGGGAGGGCAUAGGCCCACCCACUGGGGAGUCAUGCCCAGCCAAUCAGAAUGAGUUUUCCCCACAAAAGGGCUUUAUUACAGACAGAAAUACUCCUCAGAAAUAGCCCCCCCCCCCUCCCUCAGAUGAUCCCGCAGGUGUAGAAGCCGGAUGUGGAGGUCCUGGGAUGGGGUUGCGAGGCCGGUUCGACGUACUGCCAAAUUCUCUAAAAUGACAUUGGGGGAGGCUUAUGGUAGAGAAAUGAACAUUAAAUUCUCUGCCAACAGCUCUGGUGGACAUUCCUGCAGUCAGCAUGCCAAUUGCAUGCUCCCUCCAAACUUGAAACAUCUGUGGCAUUGUGUUGUGUGACAAAUCUGCGCAUUUUAGAGGGACCUACAUCCCUGUUUAAUCAGCUCCUUGAUAUGCCACACCUGUCAGGUGGAUGGAUUAUCUUGACAAAUUAUAAAAUGCUCACUAACAGGGAUGUAAACAAAUAUGUGCACAAAAUUUAAGAGAAAUAAAAAAAAAUGCGUAUGGAACAUUUCUGGGAUCUUGAAUUUCAGCUCAUGAAACAUGAGACUAACACUAUACAUGUUGCGUUUAUAUUUUUGUUCAGUAUAUACAAUAUAUAUAUACUGUAUAUAUUCCUGACUUACGUUGCUCGUUCUGAUAUUGCUCAUUCUGAUAUUUCUUUUAGUUAUUUAUUAUUUAUUAUUUUGAUUACAGAGCAGAUUUAUUCCCCUACUUCUCCCUCUCUCAACAGCUCACUUAAAGGGAUAGUUUUCCCAUAAUUACAAAAUGACACAUUGGUUUCCUUUCCCUGUAAGCAGUCUAUGGACAAGGUAUGACCGCAAUCCAUGCUUUGGUUUAAUUUCCCUGUUUCUUUCCCCACAUGCUAACGUUUUAGCAUUUGUGGCACAAAUCCCAUUCAAGUCAUGGGACCGAUAUUGCAAUUUUUCGAACAUCAUGUUCAAAACAUAAGUGACUUUGUUGAGCUUCACAAUCAGUUUUAGAUACUUUCGGAUGAUUUGGACAUGAUGCACGGAAAAUGCUAAUAACGGUCCCAUGACUUGAAUGCUGUCCUACCUUAUCCAUAGACUGCUUACAGGGUCAGGAGACCAAUGUGUCAUUUUGUCAUUUGUGUGAACUAUCCCUUUAAACAUGGUUAGUAAUUUUAGGAUCCAUGCUAGACAACAAUUCUGUUGAGAUAAACUUUACUAUUUAUCUUAAUGCUUCAUUUACUUUGUGUGAGUGUGUCUCUUUGGGGAAACGUACUAUCAAAUCAAUAUAAAUACAUGAAUCUUUAAAGCCCUUUAUGAAGUAUCAGCAUGUAUAUGUCAUGACGUUAUGAGUAUACUUAGCUACAAUUAGCUGUUUUAUUUGCAGUAUGAUGAUGACUUGAGUUUUGCAUAUGUUCAGUCUUCUAAAUUAGGCUAAAUGACGUGUCUGUCUGUCUGUGUUUGGGGGUUUCUCUGUUUUGGGCACAAGUCGUUUUCAACACAGAUGGUGCUUGCUAAUCACUUGGGGUGUGGGGUGUGCUCGUUGAGGGGUGGUCUGAAACACUUUGUGUUUUCCCUCCAAGCUCUUCUCUUCUUCAGGCUAAUCAGUCCUGCCCUAUUUCCAGCGCUCUCCUCUCCUCCGCCCCCUCUACUCCCAUGUGGCUCCUCUCCUCCUCUCCUGUCCUGUCUCUCUCUAUCUCUCAACUGCCAGUCUCUCUCUGAUUCCUUUUCCAUUUGUAUCAUGUUGCCAGUACUCUGAGCUCCUGCAGACUUAGUGAUGCACAGAGAGCACCUUCAUGCACACACAUAAUCUCUUUCCAACACUAAACACACACACACACACUCACACACACACACACACACACACACACACACACACACACACACACACACACACAGCCUUACCUGCUCUAGGUCUCUGUUCAUCCAUUAAACCUUCAUUAAGUGUCCGUGACCCAUAAAAUAAAAAUGCAGACACCAGCUCCUCCCCAUCCCCCUGGACAGUGUAUGGUGCCUGUUCAAUUCUGAGAGCCCUGACCCAGAAAAAGACACAGCCAGAGAAAUGGAAAGCCAUGAGUUGCAAAUGGGAAUAUUGUUCUCUCUCUCUCUUUCUCUCCCUCUCUUUCUCCUCCAUCACCUCUCUCUCCUCUCUCUCUCUCUCUCUCUCUCCUCUCUCUCUCUCUCUCUCUCUCUCUCUCUCUCUCUCUCUCUCACCAUUGUUGUCAUUACUGAAGCAUUAUGAUUUUCCUGGCACUGAAUCAGAGCCCUAUAGUUUGCUUUGCCGUCCAGUGAGUGGCAGGAUCCUAAGCCCCAGCAACAGAAGCCUUCUUUAGGGAAAGGCUUUAGAUCAAAUGAGGACUUGUGUCUGUGUGUCUGUGUGUGUCUGUGUGUCUGUGUAUGUGUGUGUGUUCGCGCUUCUAUAGUGUCCAAGUGGGCUGACAAACUGAUG